AUUUGUUUAGUCUUCUCCUCCUCCAAAAACCCAGAAAAAACCUUCGCUUUCUCGCCUUAAAUUAUCGUAUUGAAAACUGCUAGUACUAGCUUGUAUACCUCUGCUCCUCGACGUGCCGAGACGGUCGCCUCCACGAGUCGCCGGUCGUGACGCGCGACGCCCAAAUCAAGCGACGCCGCGCGCGAGCGCCUCCCAGAGAAAUCCAUUCCUUCCUCGAUCGAUCGAUCGAUCUGCCGCCGGCCGGAGGAUCGCCGGGAUCGCGAGUGUACGUUACACAGUUAGUUUGGUGGCAUGCUGCCGCGGCGUCGGAUGAUGCCGCCGCGGCGCGCCGGGCGGCGGCGGCGGUGAUCGCGAUCACCACACCGCGUGGUGCGCGGCGCGGCGCGGUCGGGACGCCGCGAUGCGCGCUGACGAGGAUCGUCAUGGUGGGCGACGUCGGGGAGACAACGAGUACGGCGGCGGCGGCGGCGGCGGGCAGGAGGAGGGCGGCGCAGGCGGCUGCUGCUCGUGCCUGCCACCGUUCUGCGGCGUGUGGGGCUCCAGGACGAAGCCGCGGCGGCGCCGGCGAAGGUUCAGGUUCAGGUUAAGGCUCAUCAGGCUAUCGUGGUUCUUCUCCUGGCCAUGGCGGAAGAACAGCGGCAAUAAGAAGAAGAAGACGACGGCGACGGCGACGAAGGAAGCGAAGGGGAUGAAGAAGCGGAUGCUACUCCUCCUCUCCUCGUCAUCGUCGUCGGCGGCGUCGCCGCCGUCGCCGGCCAAGAAAGCGCUCGCCGCCGCCGCGUCCGUCUCGGCGGCGGCAGCCGGCAGCUUACUACUCCCCAAGGUGGGCAGCUUCGCCGCCGACGGCGGCAAGAAGCAGAGGAAAAGCGGAAGCAAGUCGCUGCCGCAGCAGACGGUCACCGGCGGCGGCGGCGGCGGCGGCGGCGGCGACGCUGCAGCACCGGCCAAAGAGACGGCGCCGCCUGCCUGGCAACCGUGCCCGAGGCCGGCGCCCGGCGAGCUGGCCGGCGUGAAGAGAGCUCCGUCGAGAAGGCACGGCUCGUUCCGGCGCGAGCCGGGCGGCGGCGGCGGCGGCGGGGGCGGGCUGUGGACGAUGGCGACCACGCUGGGAGUGAUCGUGUUCUUCGGCCGCGUCACCGCGGUGGCCUUCCUCUGCUCGUGCCUGUACGCCGCGCGGUUCGUCCGGGCGCAGGCCGCCGCCGCCGCCGCUGCCAAGGGCAAAGGCAGCGGCGGGAGUGGGAGGUUCGGCGAGCCGGCGGCGGAGGAGAGGCCGGCGGUGGUGGAGGUGUGCACGGAGGAGCACAAGAAGAAGGUGGUGAUGGAAGGUUUGCUGGACAGAGGCGGCAAGAGGCUCUCCUCCCGGUUUUUGUAAAUAAUCAUCAUCACCGGCCGUUGAUGUUGUAAAUGAUUUUUCUUUUUUUUUGUCCCUUUUUGUAUGGCUUCUUUGUUUUGUUUUUUUUUCUUUCUUGGUUAAAUUGCUAUAUGUGACAAGAGAAAUUGGGUAUACUAGGGAAAGAAGAGAAGAAAAAUGAUUGAGUUCGGUUUUGGUUAAUUA